AUGAAGUUUCUUUCCUGUGUGCUCGCCAUUUCCAUGGCAAAUGUUAUCAACGCCGGCGUCUUACACGCACGAGAUGAUCUCAAGGACUGCGCAGAGGCUCCUCCCAGCGAGGACUUCUUGAAGAUUUCCCAGCAGCUGCUGAAUUCUUCUGCGCCUCUGAUUGCCCGCCAACAGCAGAACAACUACAACUUUCAAGUUCACACUCACGUUGUGUAUUCUGACCAGAGUGUCAAGGGCGGCUAUCUGACCGAAGACAUUAUCAAGAAGGACAUGGAUGUGAUGAACAAGUAUUUCAGCAGGUCUGGAAUCUCCUUCACCCAUGUUUCCAACGACUACACACAACAUCAGGUUUGGUCCAAGGGCCAAGAUCAAAUGGGGAUGAAGGCCAAGCUGCGCCGGGGUACCUAUGCAGACUUGAACCUCUACUACGUGGCAUUCAUCCCGGGCCCUGCCGCCGACGGGUCAGCCAGCGCCGGUAUCUGCUGGCUCCCCAUUCCCAACGGCCGCAUUUCUGAGGAACUCUUGAUCCAAGAUGGUUGCCUGAUGCUCGCCGAGACUGCCACCCCGCGAUACCCGAGCGACAUGACCACCACCCACGAGGUCGGUCACUGGCUGGGCUUGCUGCACACGUUUGAGGGAAACGCUUGCGGAGAGGGAGAUACCAUCGAGGACACGUUCCCGCAGCAACAGCCCACGCAACAAUGCGAGCGAGUCGAGCACAAGCUUCAGGAUGGCCGGCCGGCCGCCCUUGCUUGCAACCAAUGGUACCCAAGCAACAUGUUCAACCUUAUGGAUUACUCGACCUGCUCCAACACCUUCACCCCCGGCCAGGAACAACGCAUGCAGUACUGGGCGCACAUGCGUCGACAGAUCGGAGGCCCUUCGAAGCCGGAGCCCAACCCGCCCAAGCCGGAGGACCCCAAGCCCGAAGACCCCAACACUCCCCCUCCUCCUCCUCCUCCCACUGACAAUGUGGCCAACAUCUGGGAACAGUGCGGCGGUAGAGGCUGGAGAGGCCAAACUGCCUGUGCCCAGGGCCUCGUCUGCCUGGAGAUGGGCCCGUGGUACUCUCAGUGCCGCAUCGGUUAA